AUGUUAAUAUUCAUCAUCCUACUAACCCUAAUAUUAUGGUAUCUCUACCGGUUUUACUCCUCUCUCUCCGACCUACCUCCAGGACCAUUACCUAUACCAAUAGUUGGUAACCUCCUUAGUUUCGUCAAUGUCGACCGAUGGGAAGACAAACUGGUCGAAUGGAAACAAAAGUACGGUGAUGUGUUUACAAUUCACAUCGGCUUACAACGAUUUGUCACUGUGAAUUCGUACAAAGCGGCUGUGAAGUAUUUUGUCAAGGAUGGGGAUUCUUAUACCAGUAAGCUAACUAAUGAUAUUAAUGAGGCAAUCAGAGGUGGCAAGUAUGGUGUCAUUGAUACUGACGGUCAAUUAUGGUUGGAACAAAGAAGAUUUGCUUUGAAGGUUUUGAGAGAUUUCGGGCUGAGCAAGGCUCAAAUGGAACAGAGAGUAAGCGAUGGGUCCUUGAGGGAUAGGGUGGGGUUCGGUGGAGUAGAGAAGAGAGUGAGGUAAGGUAGGUAAAAACCUUAUUCACCUUUUAUUAUUUCAGGUUCUGUAUGAAGUAGAGUACAUCCAAGAUCAAAUAGAUAGCAGAAUAAACCGCGGUGAUAAGAAUAUUAAUGUAGAGAAAUACACAGACAUAGCCGUCGGCUCUAUAAUCAACGCUGUCCUGUUUGGCUACCGCUACACUGAUGGUAACGAAGCUGAAUUCUACCUUCUCAAAGAGACUUUAAGCGCAGGCACAGAACGUUUUUCCUCGGUUUGGGGAACGUUUUUAGCCAUCAAUUCUAGUCUUUUAACUGGAACAAUUGCAAAACCGUUUCUAAAAUAUCUGACUGAGAAAUUCGCAAAAGUUUUUGACAAUUUAUUAAAGCAGAUUGAAGAGCAUAAGUUGAACAAUGACUACAGCAAUCAGUCUACAGAAGCUAAAGACUUUGUUGAUGCUUAUAUGAUAGAGAAAUGUCGGCUCGAAUCUAAUGUUGAAUAUAACACAACUUUUUCUGAAAAGCAGCUAGCUAAUGUUUGCCUAGACUUAUGGGUAGCUGGUCAAGAAACUACAAGUGUAACCCUGACAUGGACUAUAAGUUACAUAGUGAACCACCCAGAAACUCUCAACAGAAAGCACAAGCAGAAUUGGAUAGGGUAA